AUGAGGGUCUUUAUCUGCUACGAGGGCUUCAGCGAGCCGUUUGACGUCCCUCCUGAUCAGACUGUGAUGGCCUUGAAGCAGGCGGUGAAGAGCAACUUUCUUGUGCAGCUGUCCGAUGACGAGCAGGCCAGACAGUACCUGGAGCUGAGUUAUGGAGGCGCAGCGCUGCAUGACAGCUGGGCUCUGAGUGACGUGGGCAUCACAAGUGGCAGUACCAUCCGAUGCUUCGUAAAGACCGAACAAAGGCCUGUGAUGUACGUGUUCAACACUGUGACAGGAGAAACUCUACCAAUAGCAGGAAAUGAGUCUCUCCUUCACACAUCUGUGGCCAAACUGACGACCAUGAUAUCUGUGCAAAGUGGCAUUCCAGUCAGCACCUUCAGGCUCAGCACGCCUGCUAAUGUGCAGCUCUACGACUGCAACCAGCUGCAGGACUACGCCAUUAAAACGGGCACCAUUCUCCGUUUGGACACGUGGGAUGGGUGGGUGGAGUUCCUUCGGGGCUGCCUCCAAGGCCAUAGAUUGACCGUCCAAGGCCACCUAUCAGAAGAGAAGCCAGUAAUGAGGUUUCAGCUGCGGGUGGCACUGUACAUCGCUGCCUGGUCAGGCCACCUGGACCUGGCAGGCUGGCUGCUGGAAAGGGGAGUUCAUCCAGAGGAACCAGUGGGAGUUCAUCCAUACCGACAGUGGUGCCAUCAAACUGCCCACCAGGACACCAGAAAAUGUUCCACCCAUGCAGCUGCAGAGAGCGGUCAGCUCCUCAUCCUCAAACUAUUCAUCAACAGCAACAUUUUGAGCUUGGCUUGUCGGGAUCCUGAAGGUCGCGACCCUUUGAAAAUUGCCAUUCAGUGUGGUCACGGGGAAUGUGCACGCUACUUAGCCAACAAGCUGUGCUCAGUAGUAUCUCUGCCAAAUAUGUCCCUGCCCAUGCGCAUCUACCUCCAAAUAAAAUGCUGGGUAAGUUCAGGGAAAAAGAGAGCAGCCUCCAAUAGAUGCCAGUACAACAGUGCUGCUUUUAAAGCCAGACUGGGGAAAACAUUGCUGGUGGACGGCUUCAACCAACCAAAGAUGUCUUCUAAAUCCAGGGGAGCUGCGACCAAGCAAGGAAGAGGAAAUAAGGCUUUACUGCCCAUCAGAAACUUACUGUCAAUAUCCCAUCUCCCCUCCAAAAGGGCAAAACCCCUCCUACCCAGCCUGCAGACUAUGAAGGAGAUGCAGGAAAAGCAUGAGCGACGUAUGGAGAGCAGAGAGGAUGCAUCUCUGGAGUUCUCUCAUCACUGUGGACAGAAGCUCAGAGAAAAUGUGGUGUACUGCUUGACCAUGGCCAGCACCUUCACAGAGAAACCUUGGAUGAAGCAGCUGGACAUAGCGCGGACUCUGGUCAGGAAGCAUGUCCACUCCAUGGACCGAUGCUCAUGAAUCUCAUCUCACAUCCACAUCUGUCGGCCAUCGGUCCAGCUGCAUGUGGAGCUCCCAUCAACUGCCUGAAACACUGUGGACGACAAAGAAUCCUUCAGACUGACAACUGAGAAGUUUAUCUCAGGCUUAGUGUUAACCGAAAGUUAAACCUGCCUAUGUUUGUCUAUAUUUGCUUAACCAAAGAAAUAUAGACAGAAAUCACUGAUGGGUCUGUUUAAAGAGCUGUUUGUGAAAGCGAUUUUUUUGUGAGACGCUAGUCCAAGUUAGGACUAGCUUUGUGAAAUUACUCACCUUUAGUUGAGGAUCAGAGCACUAACAUACUGUAGCAUCUGCCCUCACUAUGACUGUGUGC